CUACGCGGCAGAGGCUUAUCACACCCGUGGUGCUAUACGCCAUGUUGUGGGAGUCACACAAAUGGAGAAAUCAAUAUCGCUGUCAACUGUAGACCUGUGGGUAUCCAUGAUUGAAAAUUGGGGCGAGGCUAACAAAGAGUACCACCACUGCGACGCUCUGGAGGAGUGCUUACUGAAGAGUAGCAAGUACAUGUGGAGAAUGUUCAAUGCCAUGAAACUUAUCAGGGGACACCUUCCAACCGAAAAAACAGUCGGAUUGGUGGAGUUCGAUGGAGAAGGCUUCUCAAAUCCUGAAUACGCGGCGGAAGUGUGGAUGGGCUGCCGAAAGCAAGGAAAGAGGGAGAUCCCUAAAGACAAAGAAGAUGUCCGGCGGUUUUUUGAGAUAUUUGACUGCGAUUCUGAAGCCUUUGGAGAGCGAUUCUCAUCACCUUGUAUAUCGAAGAUGAACGACAAAGUCAACGCCUACAAUAAGAUACUGGCUGGCCUCGUGAAAGACGACUCUGUAUUACCAGAUGGAGGUGGACGAGGCAAGGGUAAGGUCAAGGAUGAAGGCCGAGGUAAGGGCCGCGGCAAGGGCAAGGAUAAGGGCCGGGGUUAUGGUCGGAAGCGGGAUUGGGCCCUUGAUGAGGACUGGGGUCCAGGUGCCUUUUUUAAGUUUUAAAGAAGAGUAUUACAUUUUUUGACAUUUCUUUGUGCUAGCAGUCAAUCUUUUUCUAUAACCAUAGCUGAGGAUAGCUGAGAGUAAACUACGCUUUGUUUUGCGACCGCUGUACAUCGAGCCGAUUACCCCUGGUGAAGGUUUUCCUUGAACAACUUGAAUAUAUAUGGGAAUAAUCGAGGACGUCUAAAAACUUAUUGCGUUCCAUACUUAGCUUUUUUGCCCAGCAGUCAAUAAAGGGGACAAAUAUUGUUAUAACUCUUUCUUACGCUUAAUUAGUGAUUCCAUGUAGUGCAAAAUCGUUGAGUGUUUUGUUUCCGUACGUUUUUCUGCACUGGCCGCGUACGAAUUG